AUGACGGAUCUACUCCAGGAGCAACUAGAGGCUAUUAACCAGCGACACCCGCCAAGGGACACCGCAAUGGAGAAGAGUGACCAAGAAAAGCCCCAGAAACUACCAAAGGGCGUUGUACUAGAUAAGGAUGGCAAGCCUUGCCGUACUUGCACCUCCAUCGCUGACUGGCGGGCGUUGACGAAGAUGAAAACCGGUGCACCCUCCAAAUCAACAUCAUCUCCCUCUGACACAUCGUCUACAGCCAGUGCCUCGUCUACGGUCCCUUCUAGUUCUUCAAAUGCAAACUCAACACCCGAAAUGCCCGGCGACUGUCCAGCAGAUGUCGAGGCCUUGGGCAGAAGUACUUGGACCCUCCUCCAUACUAUGGCGGCGACAUAUCCUACCACUGCGUCCCCUCAGCAGCAGAGCGAAAUGGGUCAGUUCAUGGCCCUAUUCUCCAAGCUAUAUCCAUGCUGGGUGUGCGCCGAUGACCUCCGCUCCUGGAUGAACCAUCCAAGCGGCGCCAACAAACCAAAGCUGAAUGGACGAGCGGAUUUUGGUAAUUGGAUGUGCGCCGCGCAUAAUGAAGUAAAUCGGAAACUUGGGAAGAAGGAAUUCGAUUGCUCCAAAUGGGAAGAAAGAUGGAGAACUGGAUGGAAAGAUGGGAGAUGUGAUUGA